CGGAAACCGAGACGUGAACUUCAACUAACUAGCUAGCAACUAGCGAGCAAGUGUUUGAAAUACUAACGUUAGGUUAGGUAAGUUAAUUGUUUUUUCGUGUAACAAUAGUUAGCUUGCUAUUAACAAUUCAGAGGGACUUUUCUGUUGUCUGGCUAGAGUAGCUCACGUUAGCUAGCUAGUUGACAUAAUGGACGUUUUACGUCCAGCACUCAUCAAUAUAAAUGGGAGAUUGUACCGAAGAAAUAUCAUUAAGGAAGAACAUUAUGAGGAGGAGGAAGAAGAAGAAGAUUUGUCUUACAUGGGACCACCAGUGAGUGAAGACCUCGCAGAAGAUGAAGCCUGUGACACCAUCUCCAUCGAGCAGACUGAUAAGGGAUACCGCUGUGCCAUCGAUGUCCCAAGUGUUCUCUACAAAUACAUCAUUGGGAAAAAGGGAGAGACGCGCAGACGCUUGGAGUUUGACACAAAGACGUCCAUCAACAUCCCCAAACCAGGAGUGGAAGGACAGAUUGUCGUCACAGGUUCCCACAAAGCUGCAGUCUCGUCCGCAGUCACGCGAAUCGAGGUCCUCGUCGAGGGUUUCCGGAAGAAGCAGCCUUUCACGCAUUUCCUGUCAUUUCCGUUGAACGAUUCCAAAAUCCAAGAGGGAUUCCUGAGCUUUAAAGACGAGGUGCUGCAGCAGUGCUCCGAGGAUCAUGGAGUAGAGGGGAGCAUCUUCCAGAACCCUGCAAAGCUCCACCUGACAAUCGGCACCCUGGCUCUAUUAAAUGACACCGAAGUGAAAAAAGCCUGCCAACACCUUCAAGAGUGCCAAAUCUUUAUCAGAGAAAUCACAGGAGGAAAUCCUCUGACGUUGGACGUGACGGGUGUAGAGUACAUGAAUGACGACCCGGCCAUGGUGGACGUCUUGUAUGCCAAAGUCAACGUGAAAGACAAAUCUGACAAGUUGCAGGUGAUCGCGGACCGGCUGGUAGAGCACUUUGUCUCAGCGGGGCUGAUGGUCAGGGAGUGGGACAGAGUGAAGCUACACGCCACUGUGAUGAACACUCUGUUCAGAAAGGACGCCACAGUUGAAGACACAGACGGUCCCGGAAGACAAACCAAGAGUGAACGAGAAGCUUUUGAUGCCAGAAACAUAUUGAAGAAAUUUGCUGUUUAUCGUUUUGGAGAGUUUAAGCUGAACUCUGUCCGGCUGUCCCAGAGAUAUUCGACAGAUUGUUCGGGUUACUACACGUCUGCAGGAAGCACCAACUUCUCAUGAGCUUCAAGGAGAUGGAGCAUAUUCUGAGGGAAAUUAUUAAAAAUGCGUCGGACAGAUGUCUUCACUAAUGAUCGUGCUGAAAACACACACGUGUGUCGUCUACAGACUUUUAAAUUCUGUGUAUUUUUGCCGCGCGUGUGUUUUGUUGCACAUAUUGCAAAGGGAUGCAGUAUCGUUCAGUGGUUGAGAAAAUGGGGAAAACAGUAAACGUUAAAUGCAGACACUUAAUAAAUGAUUUAUAACAACAAAAACAAAAUGUGUAUGUUUAUAUAUGUAAGUUUUAUUUUUCAACAAUUAUAACUUCUCCUUUUUGAAGAUUUAUUCAUUAUUACGGUUUUAUAUACACUUUCAUUCAUAAUUUUAUUACAAACUUGUAUCCAUCCAAACCCCAUGUUGAAUGUUUUAAAUACAACUCAAUGCAAGAUCCAACAAAAAGUUAUGACUCUGAGAUAUUUAAUAUUUAAUGUAAAACUGAGAAAAGUGGAAGAUUUCUACAUUUGAGAAGCUGAAACGUAUGUUUUGCCCUUUUUUUAAUUCAUGAACUAAGAUAAAUGAUUGGCCAGCCGUAAUAAUGCGCACUACAUACAGUUUACUGUUUUCUUUCUGCAGAUUUCAAUAUGCCACGAGAAAUGAUUUGGAUAGACUUGCAAAGCUUUGUGCCGUGUGUGGGUGAGGUUGCUUACGCACUUCCCGACAUGCAUCCUUUCUCAGUCCCUGCCACAUCUCUCACCCUAAUUAGUCAGCUCUUUGCUUCCUGCUCUAGAAACUUCCAGCCUGACCCCCCCCUGAGAUGCCGAGACUGCACACGUUCCUCGCUAUGAGCCGGAUAGAUGAGAUCUUGGUGUCUUGUCGGUGGUUUCAACAAACCCAUUUCCAUAUUUUGUUUCUGAAGAUCCCACAACCUGCGUUUGAAAAGGUUUAGUUGUCUCUGUGUUUAUUUUGUUACACGCAUUGAAUAUGAGAAAGAUACGGCCGCUUCGAAGCAGACUUUGCAAUGUUGUUUCUUUCUAUAGUGAAAGGGCUGUGAUUUGGAAAGAAGUUAAAGCAAAGCCAUCAUUUUAAAUGAGCCCACAUAACUUUGAACCAUUACCAAAUGAGCAUUCAUUCAUGUUUGGUAGCCGAAGUCUUAUUGUUUAGGCCUCCAUCCAAUUUGCAUAUUGAUUUAUUUUUAUUUUCAUGCCAGUUUUCUAAGUACAAUGUCUUUUUAUUAUAUUUUACUUGAUCCAUUGUCAAACUCUUAAAGCACAUUUACCGCUUGAUUUUCAUAACCUCACUAUACUAUUUCCCGUCGUGUGAUUCGAAAUGAAGCGCCGGCGUUAACAUCUGCUGGAGGAGGGAAAGACGAUGUUCGACAGACGUGACCUUUUUAACGCACUAGAAUAUGUUUGAUUUGUACGCGCGGCAUACUAACACGCACACACACGCACACACACGAGUGUCUAAUUACUUCUUAAGGGCGCUGUAAGCUUUACCCAUGUGUACUUUGAGGUGCAAAUGUUGAUCUUGUUCAUCUUCGGAUAUGAAUCCAUUAACGGUAAAGGGUAAAGUUGACUGCGAGGAAGCUGCGGGCUGACAUUUCGGUCGGCGGGCGCUGUUGUGUUUUUCCCCUUUUUAACAAGCUCCAAACUCCUCGGAUUGUCUCUCGAGGUUCGUUUUGAUCGACACAGGUGCCACCGCGAAUGGUCCCGCUAGACGGAGCCAACGGAUUUCUCAAAUCGGACAUUGUCAACUUUUGACCGUUGCCCUGUGUUGGAUGUGACUCUCCGGUGGGGUCUCGCCGCCGUUUCAAUGUCACACUAAUUACCCCCCCCCCCCCUCCACCCGUCACUAAUGGCCACGCACGGCCUUGACGGACAGGUGGGGCCCGAGUAUUUGAAAUGUCUAAAUCGGCGUCUCCGGCGAGGAGGCAGGUGAUCGCGUGCGGCGGCUCUUUGUCAUUCAGAGCGGCGAGUCUGCAGGCCGCCUGCUGGAGGAUGGUGUUUGAACAGCAGGCCUGCUGUUUGCUGUAUGUACACUUUGCUCCAGGAGGGUCUUUUGUUAUCAAUUCGUCUCUAUUACCUUUAUGGAUAAUCAUCACGAUUUGUGAUCAAAAAUGCUCCACGAACAAUGAUAGAAAAUGGAGAGCAACCAAUCCUCAUGUUUGAGUAGCUUGGAACUAGUGAAUGUUUUGCGGAACAGAACCAACCUAAAGGUACGAUGACAGCCUCCACAAAACGUUUUAGUCAGUCCACACAUUAAAGUAGCUUUAUAACAUAUUGUGUUCGCAAACAGUUGCGUAUUUCCACAUGCAGCAGACAAGGAGCAGCAUUAGCAGUUGUUUACAGUCCCGUUUUCUGUCCACCUGACAAACAGAAGUCCAAUUUCCGCUCUCCUCUUAUCUCCGUUUUGGAUCUCCACCAACUCGUGCGGGAAAUAGCUGUCUCUUUAGCAGCUAAAUGUUUGGUCGCGUUCACCAGCAAACAGCCAAAAUACUGGAAACCGUUAAAUAAAUCCUCCUCCUGACUGAGUGUUUUAUCCAUCCUCUUCAUCCCUCCACACAGCACUUAAUGCUGUUUCUUAUUGGAAGGAGGCAGAGUAGUGAAACGAUGAGGGAUUUGUCAUUUAUAGGAGUUGGUAUAAGCUGGAUGUGCAGACUGAAAAUAAAUGAUCUGCCGAGACCGAGCAUGUCAGAAUGCUUCCGAAUAUUAACCGGCUUCUGUCUGUUGUGUACAAUCAAUUGGAAGAAAAAAAAAAAAAAGGUGCUGCAGCUGCCCGCGAGUACCAAACCAGCAGCCUCAGUACUUUCCUGGCAAACACAAACUGCCUUCUGACCGCUAUCAUCUGCACUUCUAAUAGCUGUGUGACCCACUUUGAGUCCAAUUGAAUUAGAUCUAUACGCCUUUAGAGCAGCUCCACUUACAGCUGUAAGUCACUCGAGAUGACUAUGAAAUGCCUCUCAAUUUGGUCUAUUCUCUCCUUUUUAAAAAUUUUUUUUUAAAUGUCUCUCCUCUCCAGGAACUUGCUUUGCCACUUUUUUUUACAGUGGAAGCCGCCGUCACAGAAGCUGCUCUACAAAGAACGUGGUGGCUUUUGGCGAAGAAGCGCACACUAAACUUUGUUUUGUUUGAUUCGGUCGUCAGUAUUCAAUGGUUUGUUUGUACAGAGAAAUUACAAGACCGAAUACGAAGGAUUCAAUAAAGCUUAAGACACUAAACACACUGACAUGAAUAAUUCGUUUUAAAUUUAAGUAUUUUGACUGUAUUACUAUUUCUCUUGUCGCUUCAAUAUUUAAAUCAAUAAAUUAUAAUAAAUAAA